CUGAAAGUGCUUGAUAUGUACAACAACAGCUACACAGAUUCUCAUAUAUGGCAAUUAGCCAUUGAUAACCCAGACAGGGACAUCUAUUGUUUCACGACGGAUCCCAUACUGUAUACAUCGUUCCCGGAUUAUAAAUUGGCUAUUGGACCGCAGAACUUUUAUAUCCUCAAUGGGAUAUCGUACCAGAACGUUCCAAUGACGAAGAAUACAUUUGCUGCUGCAAUAUGCUAUGACUUACACUUCUAUCUAAAGAACGACCAAUGGGUACCAACACUGUCAGAAGUGUUUCGGUUGUUAACUUUCAACGGCCAGAUCAGCAUAUUCCUGAUGGACUACUCGGUACUGAAUUGUAAAAAUGAAAUCUAUAGCAAAUUCUUUGAGAUGCUCAGAAAUGCGCUGAGGAGGGAUGGAAUGGAUCCAUAUCCAUGUAAAUCCAUUCAAAAGAGGUUGAGGGAAGCUGGCUUCCAAAACAUCAGACACGCCUUUGUCUCGUUGAAAAAGGGAAUUCCAACAGACCUGGGUAACAUUGUGGAGUUUGUUCAGAGCUUUUUUGAGUGUGCUAUGUUUAAGUACGUUGCACAACUUCACUUAUCACCAGAGGAACUCGUCUUGUUUAGAGAGAUGAAAUUACAGUACAACAGAGACGUUAGAAACGGCGAGCUGUUGGAUGAAUUCGGAGACUUCUACUAUAUGCUUGUCUUUGCACAAAAGAAAACGUAUUGAGAACACACUUGUCGUUAAUAUUGAAUUUUACGUCCUUUACGAAC